ACGCAAAGUUCGACAUGCACGCGCGCAACGGCCCACGCGCUCGUCGCCGUCGUCGAGGGAGACGAAGGCGUGCCACUCGUCCAGACCGCCUGCUCCUCGCGCGCAAAGCGCAUGGGCAGACUCGUCGCUUCUCUGCGCACCUGCUCGUGCCCCUCUCAUCGCUCCACGACGUCUAGGAGAGGAGCAAGAGCGAUUCGCAGGCUGCGUGUCUGCCACACUGGCGCCGUGCCGCAGCGCGCGCGUGCAUGCGGCGCGCGCACGGAUCGCCUCUGUCCCGAUGCGCGCCCUUUUCGUCGAUCCUGCGCCGAUCGCUCGAGCGAGGCAUACCUCCAGUACGUGGAGCGCAUAGCUGGCCUCUGUCCGCACCGAAUGGUGCCUCACAUGCCCCCUUUCGCGCCCGGGAUGAUGGAGCGCGCACAGCUUGCGGCGCCGACUUGAUCCAUCCCAUGUCGCGCGCGGCGCGCGCGCCUCGCCAGUGUCGCGCCUCGCGCGGGCACCUCCGCAGUGUCGCGCCUCGCGCGGGCACCUCCGCAGUGUCUGUCCCCGCUUCUCCUCCAACGGCCGGCCCGCAUGAGUCCAGGCCGCGGCCGUCCGCCUGCAUCGUCCACAGCCGAGCCGGGCGCACGCAACAAGAGGGCACUCGCCAGCUUCGCAAGAGCACAGCCCGACGGUGCUCUGGUGCCCUCGUGCGCGACACGCGCGCUUUCGCCAGAUGCCAGCCGACAGCCAGGCCGCUUGGAGCGCGCGCAAGGCUUCGCCAGAGGGCCGCCGACGCGCACCAACGAGACUCGCGCUGUGCCCUGCGCCCCCCGAGCACAGCGCCCAGCAGCGUCGCCAGCUUCGCAAGGAGCGCGCCCGACGUGCUGGCCCCCGCCGUCCUCGUCGCGCCGGCGCCCGAGCCCGCCCCUUCCUAUCGGCAGCCUGCUGUGCUCCUCUCCGUUGCGGUCCGCCUACUCUUUGUCUGCUGCACGGCCAUCCCGGGCGUGGCGCAAAGACUCACGGAUGUACGGGGGUAUCUCAUUGGCUGUCUUCUUCCCCCAUCUGCCCUGCUGUUCCCUUCGCUGCCCCUCUGUCAUGCUCUGCCGUUCUCCCUCAUGUUUCCCCUCGUCCCGUGCGCCCCUCAACCCUGAUCUGCCCCAGUGCGCCCAGCUCUCAUUGUGCUGCGCCUGCUGCAGCAGCAGCAGCCGGCGCCGGCGCCGGCGCGGCAGCAGGUGCCGCUGCUGCGGGGGCAGGAGCAGCGGCGGCAGCAGGCGCCUGCGAGGCGCGCAGCUUGCGGUAGUCUGCGGCGCGCGCCACGACGAAGGCCGUGACGUC